ACUAUAAAACCAACCACGACGUAGGGUUGUAUGGGAGAAUCCAUCUUGAGCGUUUUCUGAUUGUGUGAUCACUAAGCGUCGUUGGGGAUUCGUUAACAUUUAUUCAGCUUAUUUUUUAUUUGUGAAAAGGAUCCUAGUUUAAAAUGUCUGACUCCGAGCAACAGCUUAUGGAAACAUCAGAAAACGGCCACGAAGGCGAGGAGGAUUUUAACGGGGCUGAGCCCGCUGGUGAAACGGAAGAUAGCGAAGCCCUGAAUGAAGGCGAGGAGGAGGCAGAGACGGAGACGGCAGUAGAGGGAGAAGGAGAGGGAGAAGAUUCACAAAAUGGUGCCUCAGAAGGUGAAGGCGGACAGAUCAACGCCAGCAAAGGCGAGGAGGACGCAGGGAAAAUGUUUGUUGGAGGACUUAGUUGGGACACGAGUAAGAAGGAUCUUAAAGAUUACUUCUCUAAAUUCGGUGAAGUUACUGACUGCACCAUAAAGAUGGACCAGCAAACUGGCCGCUCAAGAGGCUUUGGAUUUAUUCUCUUUAAAGAAGCAGCCAGCGUAGACAAGGUACUUGAACAGAAGGAACACAGGCUAGAUGGGCGCCAAAUUGACCCCAAAAAGGCUAUGGCCAUGAAGAAGGAGCCUGUAAAGAAAAUAUUUGUUGGUGGCCUCAACCCUGACACAGACAAGGAGGUUAUCCAGGAGUACUUCGGCACCUUUGGCGAGAUCGAGACAAUCGAGCUUCCACAGGAUCCAAAGACUGAGAAGAGAAGGGGGUUCGUUUUCAUCACGUAUAAGGAUGAAACUCCAGUCAAAAAAGUGCUAGAAAAGAAAUUCCAUAACGUCAGCGGAAGCAAGUGUGAGAUCAAAAUUGCCCAGCCUAAAGAAGUGUACCAGCAACAGCAGUAUGGCGGCCGUGGAGGUGGAGGAAGAGGCAGGGGCCGUGGAGGUCAGGGUCAGAACUGGAAUCAAGGUGGCGGAUACAACAACUACUGGAACCAGGGAUACGGUAACCAGGGCUACGGCUACGGUGGACAGCAAGGCUACGGGGGAUACGGGGGAUAUGGCAACUACGACUACUCUGCUGGAUACUAUGGCUAUGGGGGUGGCUACGACUACAACCAGGGCAAUGCAGGCUAUGGGAAAACUCCAAGACGUGGAGGCCACCAGAGUAGCUACAAGCCAUACUGAUCACAUGUAGUGCAGGUCUAAAGUAAAUAAGAAAAAAAGAAACCCAUGAUCCGGCCCCAGCGAACAUGGGCAAUGGCUUUUCCUUUGGAGUUGGCAGAAAUUUGGACUCAUGUACAGAUCAAGUGAGGAAUUGGAGAAGCAAAUGUCACUUUUCCACUUUUUAUUUUAUAUUGUUUUGUGUCCAUUUACAUUUCCAGAAAUGGAAGUGUUAUUUUUACUGUACUUUUUGGUACCUUUUUGAAUCUAAUGUAUUGUAUGGUUGUAUUUUACAUGUCUACUGGAUUUACCAACAAACAGGAGCAGAGCUUUCAGAAGCUUUUGAAAUAAAACAAAUUAGUAUUUUCUUUCUUUUGGUGUUUCUAGACUUAGUACAUUAUUUUCCCGUGCUGAGUGUUUGAUGCGACUUGCAUGGCUUCAGAUGUGGGGUGAGGCGAGAUAAUGGAUUAAAAACUAAUCAAAGGUUUCAUUGUAAGCUUGUCUAGUGAAUGUUUGCAGUUGGCUAGUAGAUGAGGACAACCAGCAUUUUUUUGGGCUUUUACGGAGAUUUUUUCCCAUCUUGUCUGCAAUUUUAAAAGUGGCUUUACUAGUGUUACAAACGAUACAAUACAUCCGAGCGCAAGCCUGUUAAUGUAAGAGGGCCUUCCCUCUCUCACUGGAACCUCAUUCCUCUAGUGUCUUGGGCAAAUUGGUAGAAAUAAACUUUUGGUUUAUAUUA